AUGUCGUUCAAGCUCCAAGUCACCCAGCAAGUCCUCUCCAUGUCCGGCAACAUUGUCUCGUGGUACUUGAUCGACAAGACAGGACGCCGCGCCUUAACCCUCCACGGCACAAUCAUCCUCACAGCCAUCCUUUGGGUCAUGGGCGGGCUCGCUGUCGGCGGUACGAAAGGACAACUCCGUGGCGCCAUCGCCAUGAUUCUCCUCUACUCAUUCUUCUACAACGCGUCUAUCGGCGCAACAGCGUACACCUGUCUAACGAAAACAGCGACAUCGCGCCUCCGCGUCAAAACUAUCGCUAUUGGCCUCGCUGCUGCAAAUAGCAUAGGCGUCAUGUGGGCGUUUGUGCUCCCGUACCUCUUUAACCCUGAUAGGGCAAAUCUGGGAGGCAAGCUGGGGUUCAUCUUCGGCGGACUUUGUUUUCCGUCCAUCGCGUUUAUUUGGUGGUAUCAGCCUGAGACGAGAGGGAGGUCGUACGAGGAGCUUGAUGAAAUGUUUGUGAAGAAGGUGCCUGCUAGGAAAUUUGGGGAAUAUCGCACAGAGGCGGAGACACUGGGGCUGGCCCGGGUUGCAGAUGUCAAGGCCGUCUGA